UGUAGGCGCCAGGGGCCUCUUUAUGCACUUGUGGCUCCCCGCCCGAGCCCUUCGACGGGGCUUGGGAGGUGACGCCCCCGCCACGUGUCUGUCCCCCACCGUGCACGAGCUGAUCUGCAAAGUCGGGUUCGAGGCCCGCGAGCAUCUUGCCGCUAGUGCCGUCGUGAGCCCCUGCGGGGAGGUGUGCUGGCCUGCCUUCACGGGCCGCCUGGUCCCCGCGGACUCAGGCGAGGGGCUGGACUACCGGGCCAGCGUGAGGCUCCUGGGCCCCGACGCCACUGCCCUGUGCCCCGGGGUGCCCACCUGA